AUGAACUUAGCAGCAAGCUACAAUCAGGCAUUGGAAAGAGUCAUCUCGGUGGUACGAAAAAACAAAUCGUCAUAUAUUGGCAUGGCCAUUCUGUGUGUGGUACUCCAGCAGGUCUAUGCUUCAUUUACUGUACCACCAAAGUACCUCCGUCGAUUUCCCAAAGUGUCCUUUAUGGAAUUGAUGAAAUCCUUUUACAAGAAAGAGUCGGUACUCAACCGCAACAAGAGGUUGAUCACUCCACUCACCAACGCAGGUCAUGGCUUUUACAUUAGUCGCAUCCCUCUGGAUUGGACCAUAUUUGUCACUGAUCCCAUCGCAGCCAAGACGCUGCUUCUAAAGACUGACAAUUUUCCUAAAUCGCAUGCCAUUUUUGGUGCUCUGGGCGAGUCCAGUCCUGUAGUCAAAUUCAUGGGCAACGAGAAUGUGGCUGUAUCUAAUGGUGAUAUGUGGAAGAGACAGCGAAAGAUUAUGAACCCUGUUUUCCAUCGAUCUCAGCCAGUCAAAGUCUUUGGUGGUGUGAUGCCAGACUUGUUUGCCUUGAUUGACCAAGAUCCAGAGCAUGUAUUUAUCACUCCCAAAAUGAAGUCGUUUGCAUUGGACGCGCUUGGUUUAUCUGCAUUUGGCUUUGAUUUCCAGUCGUUAAAGAAUGAUCCCGAAGGUUGGACAAGCAGAUACAAUACGGUCGUCUCCUCCUUGUUCAAUCCAUUUGUCAACCUCUUCGCCAAGUACGACUUUUUGAUCAAAUACGUAUCUGCUGAAAGAAGAAGGGUUAUCAAGGCUACGGACGAAUUCAACGUUAUGCUGAGCAACUUGGCAGAUAAGAGAAGACAAGAGAUACUCAAUGGAGAAAAGAAGGAAACUGCCGAGAACGAAAAGGAUUUGCUUACUCUGAUGAUUGAAGCGGAUAUCCGUGAAGGAGUAGAGACAACAACCACAGAACUACGACACAAUAUGGCCAUUUUCUUUUUAGCUGGCCAUGAUACCACCGCCAAUACACUUGCAUUUUGCUUGUAUCAACUGGCCAAGCAUAAGCACGUACAAAAGAAGGCUCGCCAAGAGGUGUUGGACAUUUUAGGUGACGAUCCUUGGGAUGUUGCACCUUCUCUUGAAGAUUUGAAAAAGCUGAACUAUCUCAACAUGGUCAUCAAGGAGAAUCUGCGACGAAAUGGACCUUUGGAUAACUUGAUGUCAAGAGACACGCAGCAAGACAUUGAUCUGAAUGGCACAUUCAUUCCCAAAGGCUCCAAGGUUAUUAUCAACGUAGCAUCUAUUCACUUGAACCCCAAGAUUUGGCAUGAUCCUGAGAGUUUCAUUCCAGAGAGAUUCGAGCAAGGUGGAGAAUAUGACAGCCAUGAUGGUUUUACUUGGCUUCCUUUCAGCAAUGGAUCCAGACAGUGUCUUGGACUCAAUUUUAGUUUGACUGAGCAAAGGGUCGCUCUGUGCAUGUUGUUAAAACGCUAUGAAAUUGACAUUCCCAAAGACUCUAUACACUAUGAUGAAGUCGUAUUUGACAAGGCAUUCACCUUUGCCCCACAAUCACUCGAGUUGUCCUUCAAAAAGCGUUAUUAA